AUGGCAACUACUACUGCCCACUCGAUUCAGAGCUUUCAACAGAGAUCUACAUUACCUUGGGCACAACAGACACUGGUGACGCUCAACGAUCCAUCGGGAUAUAGGCCCAGAAGUGGCGCCAGUGUGGGCGUUACGUUGGCCCGAAAUCCCUCAUCCGGGAGCGCCGGUCUGCCGAACUACCGUACGAGCUACUCGAGUAAUUUGACCAGUGCAUCGAGAGCACUGGGUGCUGGUAAGGACAGAAUCAACGGUGUGGUUUCAUCUGGUUAUGGUAAUACUGCGCUCAAUAAGAGGGACAUCAAGAGUCAUGAUCAAACUUACAACAAAUUUUCAACUCAAAAAACGGAUAAAAAUCGCCUAAAUCCCGGUCGCACAUCGUCCGAAGAUGUUCGAAAGAGUCCAAUACCAGAGAAAAUACUCUUUGAAAAAUACUCAUAUCCAACAAAAACAACAGAGCGACCCUCAUCCGUCCUCGAUAAAUACAAUCGCAGCAUUGCAUCACGUGAUAAACCCAGAGAGCAAGAAAUAACACAACGCUAUAUAGCAAAUACGUAUCCAGGUUCCGGAGCACGUUGUAACUAUGACGUGGGACCAGCGGAAAGGAAGGAGCGCACUGAGAAUUCAUCGUACAAAAGUGUACGUGCUACUGGCGGAACUUGUAGAAGUUCGAGAGAGCCAAGUCCAGAAGUUGCUACAAAGAGCUUCAGAGUUUACCCGAGAGUGUCGAAUUAUGGACGCAGUGCAAGUUCAACUGAAGCAACUCCGCUUGCCUCGAGGUAUCCCAGCUCAUCUAGAUACGCUUCCUCUAUAUCACGUGCUGGUGAACGAACAGCAACCCCCGUUGGCUAUUCAAGCUCAGAGAGACUGCGUUCACCCAGUGUGAAAAUACCUUCAAACUUCAAAGAAGAAUGUAAGACAUUGCCGUCGGCCAGUGGUGAGAUUGCAACCGAAAAACCAAGAGAGAUUGAAAAUAGUAGUAGUGCAGUGACGAAAAAGCCGGAAACAACUAUUCCCAAGGAAAAUGACAACUUGUCUCCUCAAGAGACAGAAGUCGAGAGUGUUGUUACAUUAACAGUAAUUUCAAGAGGCACAUCACCGGCUCCCCCGGCAUCAUCGUCAUUCGUGCGUAAUCGGAGAGCGGAGGCAGCGAGAUUAAUUCAAAAGGAAAUAACAAAGUUGAAGAGGAAAUCGGAGACGAAGGACGCUGAGAUACAGUCGGAUAAAGUAGACGAUUGUUCAACGAGGUACUCGAGAUUUGCCAGUGGAAGAGUUUGGCCUUCAUACCUCGACAAAUUCCCCUCGUCUGGUUCAUACUCACGGAAUUAUGGCCCGAGGAUGAUCAGUAGCUUUAGUUAUGAACAACAGUCUGGUGAUUCUAGAGACAAAUCUGCACGUACUCAAGUGCAAGAGAAACAAUUUACUCAAGAGGAAAACAAUGCUAAGAAAUAUGAAGGGACUUCGAUACCUUCAAGAAAUAUUAGCCAAAAAAUUCAAAACUCUGGUUAUCAUAAUGGAGCUUCACAAUUAAACUCCUCAAACACUCAAAUUGCUAAUAAACAAGACUCUAAUAGCGAAAUAAUGGCAAAGCCUGAACCAUCUUCAACUGAUCAAAAUGAAAAGGAAAAAGAAGCCAAGAAAUCUAACAACAACCCCCGUAAAUAUUGCCGAUCUUUGAGCCAAAAAUUCAAUUCAUAUAACGACGAUACGAGUGAUCACAGAGAGUCUGAGAAUCUGUGCGCCGACGGAUCGAAGGGAGAGAAACAGAUCAAGAGGCGUGGAGGUUCAGUAAGUUCAACAGCAUCAUCGGAAGGUGUAGCCAAAUCAAUAUCACGUAAUAGCUCAACAAAGUCCCUGAAUCAGAAUCAGAAUCAGCGUCAAAUGACGCGAACCGACUCGUCGGAUUCAUCUGUCAGUUUGCCAACUGGCAGAUGUAAAUCCUCGAGCGCCCCUAGUCAUCAGGCAAAAAUAAGAAGCAACGGAUCUCAGUCCUCUUCGGUGUCCAGUGGUAAAGUGAAUAGUAUGAGGACAAGUGGUUCGGAAGCACGUGGAAAGCCACCGGUGCCUAAAACUUGUGAGGUUAAUGCAAACAUGAAGAUAUCACCAGUGACAAAAUACGUUAACAAAGAUUUCCGCAAGUCUGCCCUUAAUAUGCCCGAUGCUAGUGAAGCUAUGAGGCUUCAAUAUGAACGAAAAAGGGGCAAAAAAAUGCAGAGAAGUGUCUCCAUUAGUUCACAAGACUCAGAGUCGAAUAACAGUGAGAGAAAAAGCUGUAAUAUUGUAAGGAGUGAUUCGAAGAGUUCAUCACUGCAGAGAUUCAGUGGAUUACAGACCUCUAGAAGUGGAUCCAAGAUGAUGAGGAGAAAAAAUUCAAGUUCAGAGAGCAGUGAUUCGAGCAGUGAGUCUUCGAGCACCGAGGAUGACGAGGGAUGUGCUUCUAAUAAGAGGAUUCGUAACAAGAGAAUUUCCAAUUCUCCUAAGAUGGAAAGAAAGAGGGCCAUCAGCGUAGAUUCUUCGAGGACCAGUGCGCUUGCCUCCUCUGCCGACGAGUUGUCACUUAAUACGGAGAAACCUCCUAGACCGUCGCCAAGUCCACGAUCGCGGAGUGAAAAGUCUGUGAAAUCUGAGGAAGCCAAAUCAUUUUUAAUUAGAACACUCACGCCUGUUACAAAUUUCUUGAAAAAUACGGAGGACACAGAGGGGAAUUUGGAGAAGAAUUUAGAGGGGGUAAGGGCAUCGAGGUCACCGUCGGUAAACAAAUCAAUUUCGUUGAGCUUGGGAAAUAGUCGAGGUUUUUCACACGAAAAGAGUUGCGAGAGAACGGGCCAGGGGACGUUGAGACAUCAAUCAUCGGGCGAGAAACCCUGGUGGAUGGACUCGAACUCUGAGAAUGUGCCUGAGGGUGUUGAAAGGAUGAGCGUUUGUCAGGAUGAGAUCAGCCAGGAGACAACUGUCAGCACGAAUCUUCCUGAUGACGGUAAAUUCAAGACACGAAUUUGGCGACAAGAAUCGGGAGAGCGUCCCUGGUGGUUGGUGGAUACAGAUACAGAGGUGAAAAAAGAAACGUCAGCAUCAUCCUCAGUGUCGAGAAAAAAUUCAAGUCGCACAUCAAGCGAACGUAGGAAUCGUUUAAAGCAUCAGCAGUCUGGAGAGAGAGCCUGGUGGUUGAGUGAGGAUCCAACAGACGUGCCUGAGGGCAUUGAGGUUUAUCCCCCAGUUGCCACAGUGUCACCGAUAAGCGUUAGCAACCCCAGUGGUGACAACUCAGUGAGCCUCGUUGAGGACGAGACACAUACGAGGAGCCACCAUAGGAUAAGUCACGUAGAGUCCGGUGAGAGAGCUUGGUGGAUGGACAGUAAUUCCAAUAUACCGGAUGGCAUUCAAAAAAUAACCCCGGAUCGAGAGACAAAUAGCAAUUCCAACGAUUCAGACGAGUCGUUGGAAAAAUUUGAAAUAUUACCGUCACAAUCGAGCUCAAUAUCAAGAUUUCCUCUUCAAUUCCCACCACCUCCGGACGAGCCACUUGGUGAUCGUGCUAGUCCCGAGGGGAUCGAGAAUCCACCAGAACCACCCAAUUGUUACGAGGGUCGUGGCUCGCCCUACGACAACGUUCAGUCACUUGGCCGUUCGACACCCCGUAAAUCUUACAGGAAACGGCCAUCAACCCUACCCCUCUUCAUUGGUAACCACACAAACAUCGACGAUCUACUUGGCCAAGUAACACCACGCCACAGUCCCGUAAUGUCUCGUAUACGCAAACAGCAAAUGAUGGAGGACGAUUUGGACGAGAGCUCUGAAUGCGAAGAAAUUGAUGCAGACCAGGUGAUAAUCCACGACAGUACCCCACAAACGCCUGUGAUACAGCGACGUGGAAGGGACACUGAGAGACCACAGCCAGACGGUUACAUUCCGUUGUCAUAA